CACUGACGUCAUCUCCACGUCGAUAGAUACGGAUUGAAAAAUUGGUAAACAAAAUACAAGUUGUAACAAUCUUACUAUAGAUAGAUGUGGAAAAUGAGUUGCUAGUUUCCGUGUUGCUUUACAAACAUUGAUAUUUUCCUGAAAUUGGAUAUUAAACAUGUGUGGUGCUUAUUAAAAUAUAGAAAGAUUGUCUUGUCUUUCUUUGUUCAAAGUUACCUGUUUUCGAUAUAAAUAAGAAAAGCACUGCCUCUGUACACACUAUCACUUGAAAGUUUAAAUUAUGAAGCAGACUACACGAUUACUAAUACUAUUUAAUCGAAUCUUUUAUAAAUAAUUCUGAUUGCUCUGGUAAAUGGUCUUAAUUGGUGUUUAGUUGUGACACUUUUCAACACUGAUUUAUAGUAGGCCAAUAUUUUUUUUUUUGAGUUUGAGACAAACUUUGUCUUAGUCCUAAGAGUCCUAGACUAUCCUCACUAGGUCUAGAAGUAGAAGAAGUCUACAACUCGACAGAAUUUUAGGCUUGGACCUAAAAUAGUGGUUCUGAUAAAAUACUUAUAAUUAGAAUAUCAUCUGCUUAAUUAACAAGCCAAUGAGAUGACUUAGUUAUUAGUUUGUCAAUUUAAAAAUUUCAAAAAGAACGCAAAGUAAAUAAAAUAAAACACAUUUGUUUCAACUUAUCCAAAGUUAACUUUACAAUUGUUAAUUGCAGCACAGUGUCAUUUUGACACAGUAUCAGCAUGACUAGAGAAAAUAGACUUAAGUUCAUCCAUUUUUAAAAAUGGUAUGACUUAAUGCUUGUCCCUCCCAAUAAAACACUAUUAUCAGUCACUGCAGAACCUGCCUAAGCAUGCAGUGGUUUAGGGAUUAAAGGAUGGUACCCACUAGAAUUUUAGAAGGCAUACAGAAAUCUUCUUAGCUUUGUUCUGUCAUUAUUAGUAAUAUUAGUAAUAGCACAAUGUUCAGUAAUGUCGGAGUUUGGUACCCCACACAGAAAAGAACACUGCCAAAAUAACUCCUACUUCAGUAGGCUAGACAAAAAGGUCAUGAACUGCCGGUAUUACACACUGGCCCCAGAAAUGGUUAUACAACUGCUUAAUCUUGUGCCUAAAAUGUUGUACACUACAGCGUAACUGUUGUAUUAGCCUGGGUCUUAAUUAAAGAGCAAAAGCUCAGGACCCCUUCCAGAAUAUUAUUUUAGUUUAAUAAAGUCAAAUUGUCAUUACUGCAGUACUCACUUUGUAUUUUUUAAAACAUAAAUUCAAUCACUCUUUGUUAAAAUAAAGGCCAGAGUUGAAAAAGAAAAUUAAAAUACUAUAAUAGAUAAAAUUCAUACAUUUGUGUUGUAUAAAAGGAGUAAAACAAAGUAGGGUUAAACCUGAAAAAAAGGAACGCAACAAAACAACAAACGUGUCGGCAGAAAGCCUUCAUCGGCGAACAAAACAACAGAAAAAACGGUAUAAAAAUAAGAAAUAGCACUUAGCUUAGACGUAGUAUCCGUGAGCAGGAAAAGAAAUGUCACAUUUUUUAUUGUUUACCUUCAUGAUCACGAUCUUUAUGUACCGGUACAUAAAUUACUGAAGUUCAGUAGUUUUUUGUUAUUGACCUUAUUAUUUUUGAAGACCUUUCAAAGCCUAAUUUUUUUCAGUAAAAAUAAAUUGGAAAGAAUAUAUUACAAAUUGUAAAUUUUGGGAUAGAUACUCAGAUCCAUACAUAUUCAUACUGACUAUAGUCUUGUUUAUUUUUUAUCUAAACACAUAUACAAUAUAUAAAUAUAUCACUUAUCAUGUGUUCAAUCUUCCAUCUCUUUCGAUACUCAGUGCAGCUGACCAAACACAAUGACAGAUGUCAGAAACUCAGCUGGGUCCACCCCAAUCCCGCCAGAUGAUGACAACUUUGAGAGGGAUCUCCAGGAAAUGUUGGAAGAUGGCCCCAGUUUGAACGAGGUCACAUCAAAUGUCCAAGGUGGAACACCAAACUCUGUUUCAGCCACAUUUGCAGAAAAAGUUGGCCCUUUCUCUGCAGGGACAAGUGCACCAGGGACUUUGUCAACUAGUGGAUCUGGGGGUAUUUAUGGAUCUGGAUCGGCUGGUUCUAGACUCACUCGCUCCUACACUGUCCCUCCUGGUGUGUUUUCUCAUCUGCUUUAGCCACAUAAUCUAUUGCUCUUGUAAGAAGAACUGCUAAACAUAUCGAAUGUCAAAAAUUAAUGUUGACAAGACUAAUUUCUGUGUAUAAAUCACAACAACAGAAGCAAAACUUUUAUCUAGCAUUAAAAAGUUGGUUUUGUUCACUUAUGAGAGAAAUGGAUUGGUUUUUGCUGAAAAUGGUUAUGCGAGCUAUUCAAAAAAACAUUACAGCAAACAGAAGGUUUCUUGUUCCCGAACCAUGAGACAUUCCUGGCACAAACAAAUACUUUCAGCAGCAAACCAUAUUCCCUGGCAGUUAAAUUAAAUUACUUUCUUUUUUUAAAAACUUUUUUGUGCUGACUUUAAUAACUAAAUAGGAGGCUGUUUUAAUAUUCAAUAAAAGCUUAACCAAUUGUAAUAGUUUACAUAACAAAAGUUGUUAUAAAGUACCAGAGUAUGCUAUUUAGAGAUGUUUUACUAGAAGUAACCUAAAGUUAUAUUGAUUUAUAAAUUGAGCAGUAAAGUUCAUGCAUGGAAUUGAUGUGAAUUAUUUUUCUCUACUUUGAGUACUUUGAGCUGUUUCAUUGACAAAAGCAAAUGAAUUUAUAACAUCUAUAAUAUAAAUAAUUUUUUUAAAUGUUAUCCUUAUGCUAGGUCUAAAGAGCAUUGUUCAUUUGAUUAAAAAUUAAUAAUAUUAUAGCAUACAGUGUCAAAUAAAGUUUAACAGUAUGCAAAUUUUAUGCUUAGACAUUUCAGAUGAGCAGAAUCAAAGUCAAAACAGUUGUAAGUUUGCAAAAUAAUUUGGGGAAUUUUUUUAAUUUGGGGGCAAAAUUAUUUUUAUUCAUUCACUUCAGUUUUUUCAAGAUGUUUUAUCUUAUACCAGUUAUACUAGUUAAACUUGAUCUAAUAUUUGCAUGAUUUGAACAUCAGUUUUCUACAUUAUGACAAAGAAGUCUUUGAUUUCCAUUCUUUACUUAAAAAUAAAUAAUACGCCUCUUCAGUUUGUUAAAAAUUGAAAAAAAAUUGUUAAAUUAGUAAAAUAUGCAAUUACUAUAAAACUGUAUAACUUUCAUUAACUAAAUAUCAUGUAAUUGUGUGUGAUCUUUGUUUAUUGAUACAAUAUAGUUAUUAAUAAAUAAUCAACUUAUAUUUAUUUAAUUCCAUAGUAAUAUUUACCUGCUUAAAAGCUUAGUAUCAAGUCAUAAAAAAAUUUAAUAUCUAAUGUUACAUUUUUAUCAAUUAAGUUGCUAUAAUACUUAACAUAGCUUAAAAUUUUCUUCUCUUUUAUUUAAUUUAGCUAAAUUGCUGUUAUGUGUAUAAAAUCUUCUUUAUAGUUAAUUUAGUAAUUUAGAGCCAAAUUGCUGUUAUGUGCAUAAAGUCUCUAUUUACUUCUUUGCAUUUACAUAUGAUUUUAAAAUGCAGACUGCUUCUGUUUCCCUGUUAGCGACAAGCAAUGUUCCAUUGUCCAGCUCUGGGAACUCAGGCAGCCACAGUGCAGGCAACAGUCCAAAUGGUGACUUCAUUCCUAAAUCUGUUAGCCUAUCUGCCCAGAGCAAGAUAGAGACUAUUAAGGAAUGGAGUGUAAACACUUUCAAAACUACAAAGCAGUUUAUUUCUGAGAGAUUUGGCAAAGGCUCAAGAACAGUAGAUUUGGAGAUGGAGACCAGUAUAGAGGCCCUGAGAGACACGCAGAGAAAGUAUGCAAACAUCCUCAGGCUGGCAAGAGCCAUGUCCUCACAUUUCUAUAAUGUGGUCCAAACACAGAAAGCCCUCGGUGAGGGCUUCUCAGACUUGGCUCAGAAAUCACCAGAGCUGCAGGAAGAAUUUAUUUACAACUGUGAGACGCAGAGAACGCUGGUCAAGAAUGGGGAAAUACUUUUAGGUGAGAUUAAACCUUUGAGUAGUUUGUCAAAAUGUGGUAGCUUUAGUUUAUUAUACUUAUACAAUCUUAUCAAUUUAAUAAUCUUGCUUCUUCAAGGCUCAAUGAUUUCUAUAUGGGCGUGAUCUAAAAUAUAAAAAAAUAGUUUCACUUAAAAUAGGAAUCGAUGCACCUUUACUUGUUUCAUUGAAUAAAAGUUAUCUGAACUCCUGGUUGGAUGGAUCCGCUAACAUUACUUAAUAUAAUCUUUUUGUGUUAGUUUGGACAAAGAAAUUAUUUAUUUACACUUGGAAACCUUUUUCCAUUACUUAUUCCAUCACAUUUCAACAAUGUGAACUGAUAAAGCUCAAUAAUUACAUUUAUAUUACAUCACAGUUUUUGCAUAUAGAACAUGCAUUACAUUAUUAUUGCAUUCAAUUUUUUGGAGAAAUGACAAAUAAAAUCUAACUAUGUGACCAAAGUGUAAGAUCUAAAACAAUCUAAAAUAGCUGUAAACUAAAACAAUCCAAAUAGGUGUAAACUAAAACAAUCUGAAUAAGUGUAAACUAAAACAAUCCCAAAUAGGUGUAAACUUAAACAAUCCGCAUAAGGUGUAAAUUAAAACAAUACCUUAUAGUUGUACACUAAAAAAUUCCAAACAGUUGUAAAUUAAAACAAUCCAAUAUAGGUAUAAAUGAAACCAAUCCUAAUACAGUGAAACCCCCUUAUCUCGACCUCGGUUAACUCGUCAACCCUCCUAUAUCGAUGUUUUUGAAGUGGAACCGCCGAAUUCUCUCUUUGUCUUAGCAUUUUCUCCUUGGUUAUGUCGAUUCUUUUAUGUCGCCGAACCCUGAUAUCUCGAGCACAAAAGGCGGCCAAAUUUGCCACUUAGCCUCGGUUAUCUCGAUCCCCAUGACCAAUUGCUGGCUUUUGAACUCUGCAAGAAGAAAUAGAAACAACAAAUAAACAAGUUUUUCAUAAUUAAAAAUAAUUAUUUAUUUCUCAAAAUACAGAACUUGUGUUUUAGAAUGAACCUAGAAGUAAUUUAAAUAAUUAUGUUUUAAUUCGAGAUUUAAAACCCGGUAAAGACGAUAUUAUAAAUAAUCAUAAUUUUCAGUGUGCAAACAUUGUUAUGGGCAGCAAUUCACUGUCACUUGCAUAAUGGCUUUGCCGUAGUACAAUGUCAGAGUUUCAUUCAUAAGAGUUUGCUGUGUGCAAAAUCUUUUAAACCGUUGGUCAGGGAAAGCUUUAAUUAAAUAGUCAUGUGCCAAAGUUGAAAGUUCAAAAUAAGUAGUCCCUAAAUAGUGUUUUAGUAAUAAGGGGUUGCCUUGCCUUAUAUAAACUAUAUAUUCAUUGCACAUGAUGCGAUCAGCGGGAUGAGGUCACAAAAUGUGGAGGCUUCAUCCAUAGUAGAAAAUACCAAACGAACUCGCACUUUUGAGAUUCGUAGCUCAAAAAGUACUUAAGUAAAAAAGUUAUUCUGGUUUCCUUUUUUUUUUCAAUUUGAAAUUUGCUCUAAAUAACUAUAAUUUAUUUUUUUUUUUUUUUUUUUUUUUUUUUAACUUAAUUAUCUGCAUUUAUUUAAUGCACAUCAUGUACAUAAAGAAAUUUCAAGCACAUGUUAAUAUAUUGCCGCCAUAUAGGUUUUUUUUUAUCUCGAUCAUUGGUUAUCUUGACUUUUUUUGACAAAUCCAAGGCUGUCGACAUAACCAGGUUCUACAGUAGGUGUAAACUGAAAAAAUCCCAACUAGGUCUAAGCUAAAAGUACAAUCCCAAACUUGUGUAAACUAAUGUUAUAAAUAUGUUUAUACUUUGAUGGUUUCUUUAAAUUAUUAUAUUUUUUUGUUAAAUAAAAUUAAAACAAUAAUUGAACAAUAUAAAAUAUACACCAAAUUAGGAACCACACAAGUUCAAAUAAAAAUUGGAAAUAUUUUUGUUUUGUUUUUAACAAGAAGUGGCCAAAAUAUGGGGAAAUGUAUCCUUUAUUUUUUUUUUUACCCAAUUGCAGUCUAAACAUAUUCCCUCCCCCCUUUUUUAGUCUUAUUUUCCUUAAAUGUGUCACAUACUUUUUUUCAUAUUAUGUCACCCUACAUAGAUAGAUAUAGAAAAAAACUAAUUCAUGAAUUUUAAUGUGUUUGAAUUUAUUAUUUUUUUUGUUCUGUCCAAGGUGCAUUAAAUUUCUUCAUCUCAUCAGUCAACACAUUAUGUCAUAAGACUAUGGAGGACACUCUACUGACUGUGAAAAACUAUGAAACAGCAAGGUGGGGGUAGAGUCUGUCUUUUAAAUAUGGCAUAAAGAAAAAACAGUUUUCUAGAAGAUGAAUAGAUGUAUGGAUGUUUUUUUUAAAUAUAUGGUUAUUCUGAAUAUGAAUUUUAUGAUGACAAUAAACUACAAUUUUUACUCAAAAAUUGUAUUUCUAAUCUUGGCAGAUUAGAAUAUGAUGCAUACAGAUCUGACUUCGAGAGUCUAGAAACUGGUCCCAGGGAGGCUGCCACACAGGUGAAGCUGCAGGAUGCCAAGAGGAAGUUUGAGGAGCACAAAGUCAAGUUUGAUAGGUUACGAAGUGAUGUUCAAAUCAAAUUGAAGUUUCUUGAUGAGAACAGGGUGAGUUUUGGUCAGUGCUUGUUUCAGAAAUUUGUGAUAUAGCAAAAAUCUGUUUUGGAAUUAAAGGAGGAAAAAAAUUCAAAAAAUGUUAUUAAAUGAAAUACAAGGUACAUACAAGUUUUUGGAAAGAGCAGUGUAAUACAUUUCCCAAUUCUUCCUUUUAAAAAUGCUAGGUUUUUACUUAAACCCAUCUGCUGAGCUCAUAAUUUUGUUCAAAUCGUAAUUAGAAAGUUUUGUGUCAGUGAAUAUUAGUGCAACAAAAUUAAGGAAUUUACAAGAUAAUGAUUUAAUAUCUCUCUGCUGAGUCAUUGGCUUUCAUGGGUUGUUUGUGUUCAUGUGUCAUUGGCUUACAUGAGUCAGUAGCUUUCAUGAGUCCUUAGCCUUCAUGGGUCAUUGAUUUUCAUGAGUAGCUUUUAAUAGUCCUUAGCUUUCAUCAUUCAUACCUUUCAUGAGUCUUUAGCUUUUAUGAGUCAUUGGCUUUAAUGAGUCCUUAGCUUUCAUCAUUCAUGCCUUUCAUGAGUCCUAAGCUUUCAUGAGUCAUUGGCUUUCAAGAGUCCUUAGCUUUUAUGAGUCAUUGGCUUUCAUGAGUCAUUGGCUUUCAUGAGUCAUUGGCUUUCAUGAGUCUUUAGCUUUCAUGAGUCCUUGGCUUUCAUGAGCCCUUGGCUUUCAUGAGUCAUUGGAUUUCAUGAGUCCUUCACUUUCAUGAGUCAUUGGCUUUCAUGAGUCAUUGGCUUUCAUGAGUCAUUGGUUUUCAUGAGUCAUUCGCUUUCAUGAGUCAUUGGCUUUCACGAGUCUUUAGCUUUCAUGAGUCAUUGGCUUUCAUGAGUCAUUGGCUUUCAUGAGUCAUUGGCUUUCAUGAGUCAUUGGUUUCAUGAGUCAUUCUCUUUCAUGAGUCAUUGGCUUUCAUGAGUCAUUGGCUUUCAUGAGUCUUUAGCUUUCAUGAGUCAUUGGCCUUCAUGAGUUUUUAGCUUUCAUGAGUCAUUGGCUUUCAUGAGUCUUUAGCUUUCAUGAGUCAUUGGCUUUCAUGAGUCUUUAGCUUUCAUGAGUUUUUAGCUUUCAUGGGUCAUUGAUUUUCAUGAGUAGCUUUUAAUAGUCCUUAGCUUUCAUCAUUCAUACCUUUCAUGAGUCUUUAGCUUUUAUGAGUCAUCGGCUUUAAUGAGUCCUUAGCUUUCAUCAUUCAUGUCUUUCAUGAGUCCUAAGCUUUCAUGAGUCAUUGGCUUUCAAGAGUCCUUAGCUUUUAUGAGUCAUUGGCUUUCAUGAGUCUUUAGCUUUCAUGAGUCAUUGGUUUUCAUGAGUCAUUCUCUUUCAUGAGUCAUUGGCUUUCAUGAGUCAUUGGCUUUCAUGAAUCUUUAGCUUUCAUGAGUCAUUUGUUUUCAUGAGUCAUUCGCUUUCAUGAGUCAUUGGCUUUCAUGGGUCAUUUGCUUUCUGUCGGUAGAUGCCAGUUUUUGUAGUGUACAAAAGGUUAAUACGAAACAAUAUUUGCUACCAGUUUAUCCUAGUGAAUUUUUUAUAUUCAGCUAAAGCCAUCCAUGACAACACAGUGAACUAUUUGAUCUAAAAUUACAUAGAGAAUCUGAUGUAUUUUAGUGCUAGGUAGCACAUAAAAUUUGUGUGUAUUAAAAAAAAUAUUUAUUAUUCAAGAAAAAAGUCAUUGCCUCACAUAGCAAUAUAAUGGCAGAAAUCUAAAACUCUUUGGUUAUUAUUUGAGUAUACUCAACCUUCUGGACAGUUCUUUGUGACAAGUAAAAACUCUCACAAAUAGAAUUCAACCUAUUUUCUUUUUUUGACAGAUUAAGGUAAUGCAUAAGCAGCUACUCCUGUUCCACAACGCAAUAUCUGCCUACUUUAGUGGCAAUGCAUCAGCAUUGGAGGCCACUUUGAAGCAAUUCAAUAUACAGUUAAAGCGACCCAAUGCAGAAAAGCCAUCAUGGAUAGAAUCCUAGAAAUUAAUGAUUUAUUGGUGACCAAGGGUUUUUUUUUUGUUGUUUUUUUACCAUUGACUUUUAUUGAUGUGAGGUAGGUUGGGAUGUGACAGAUAACCAAAAUCUCAAAUGUAAAUAUGCGCCAUUUUGAUAUAAAUUGUACAUUUUAUCAUUUUGUGGAGAUUUUGAGGAAUGCUACUUUGAUUGCAGGUAAUGAUUGUGGGCGGUAAUUAAGCCAGCUGUUAAUAUUUUGUUAUAUUAUCCUUUAAAGCAUGUGAAGUGUAACAGUUUUUUUGCUUGAUUUCUUUCAGAGCUUGAUAUGUUAAAAUGGAUUAAAGUUGCAAAAAAAACAUGUUAAUAAGAACUGAGGGGCCAUCCGUUUAUUACUUGACACAAUACAAUUUCAUAGCCUGCCCCCAUGUUUCAGACCUGGUGCACCGUCGCCCCUUCUCCCCACCUACCAAUUGAGAACAUACAACAAAUGAGGACAACUGCCAGCAUCACCCACCAAAAAAUGAUCUCUAUUUAAGACUAGCUUGUACAUUAGCACUUGUAAGCAUUUAAAAAACAAUAAAUUAAUCUUGUAAAAAAAAAUCUCCCUAUUCCUCCUCAAAAUCUCCCUGUUCAUCGUCAAAAUCUUGUUUUAGUUGCAUAUAAUUUAUAUUUAAUUGAAAACAAAAUUAUAUUUUAUAUAUUAUAUUACACACUCCGAUAAAAUAGGUUGUUUAACAUACAUUUAAAUGACGACCACCCCCCCCCCCCCGUAAAAAAAGGUUUUUUAAAAAACAUUUAAAGGACCCCCCCCCCCCCCCCCCAACCCUUAUUGACAAAACUUGCAAAUCCUACCACCACCAACCUGUGCCAAGUGUGCUAAUAUAUGGAUGGCCCCUCAGCAAUCAAUUCAUUGUACUUGGGGUUCACUCAAUGAAAAUAACAUUGUUAUCAAAAUAUAAAUGAAAAAAAAUCAGGCAGUUUUUAAUAAAAAAAUCAAUGGUUGAAAAUGCAUGUUGUGCCAGAAUAUUUUAAAAAAUAAACGGAACAGACAAGGACUGGCUGUGUUCAUUCAAAUUAACUAACAUUCCUAUUUUCAUACAGGUUAUUCAAGUCUAACUUUUGAGAUUGUGCUCCACCGUGUACCUUUAGCACUUAUGUCUAAUCUUGUAAAGGAAAGUUGUUAGGUGUUGACAUUUUUUUAAGUUGAUAUUUUGCUGACGUUGGCUCGAGUCAAAGAAAAAUUUUUACACCUAGAACCCACAAGUUUACCGUGGUGGUUUUUAAAUAUAGCUUAUUAGAACUUGUGUGAUUGUUUUUAGAUGGAUUUGAUCUAGAAAAUUUCAUGAUUAGCCAUUUAGUAAUCGAUAACAGUAAAGCUAUUGUUAAGACAAAAGUAUUCACUGCAAUAACUUUUGAACAAUAAAUUCCUAAUGAAAAAUAUGAACAUCACAAAAUUUUACUGGCAUAAAAGCAUAGGUAUUCAGCGGUGGGACCAUAACCUUUCAAAACUAUCUUAUAAAAAUUCUUAUCACAUAAUUUGAACUGAAUUUGGAAUGAAUUAUUUAUGAUAAUAGGCAAGUGAAUACUCAUUUGUUUAUUUGUUUUUUUUAGCCAUCACCUAAUUUAGAAAGCUUGUUAACUGGAGUUUGCUGAUAUUACAGUAUAUAUGAAGCAUCUCUCAAUUGAG